UCCUCCGUGUGCAUAAAUGAAGUAGACAGAUAUAAACACUUGCUUUCAAAUGAACGAAUAAAGAACUCUAAUGCGAAGGAAUCUCUUUCUGAAACGGGAUCUUUUGAAACAUGUACACCUGGAGGUGCUUUAUCGCCAUGAGCUUUGUGAUGGUUUGGUACUUUUCAGGGUUUGGACAAUUAUGGACACAGGCUUUGUUUUGCUUUUUAUGCUUUUUCCGAUUUCCUUUUAAAAACCAAGACCGUGAAACAAGCACUCAGACGGAUAAUAUAACUGAGGAAACGUCACGACAGACAAAGAAGUGCCACCAUGUUGGUGAUGAGCUUGAUGCAACCAGGAUAGCUCAAAUUAGGCCUCAGACAAUGCAAUAUCCAAAUGUACAGAGGUCACUUCUCCAGGUGUUUAAAUGUGCCUAUGCUCAUCUGGUCCAGCCUUGGUACACUGUCCCAGAACUUGGUGAUAGUCAGCCUUUACAUAUGGCACUGCAGAGGGAGUUCAACAUGGUUGUGGAGAAAACCAUUUGCAAGGCCAAGAAAUUUGAUCUGUCUGCCACAAGUGUGGGUUGCAUUCGGAUAUUGACUCAACACCUCCACAGAGCAAAGCAGUCAGAUGGUUCCCCAGUGUUCAGCUCAAGGUCUGAGGAAAUGGCAGUCCUUAGAACCUUCUCUGUGGCAUUGGUGCGAAACCUUUUCCCUGAGUACCUCUGGGAACCUCAUCUCUAUCAGUGCGUCAUAACUGAAAUCUUGGCUACAAAGGCAUUGGAUGUGCUUGUGACAUGCCUCUGUAAUCCAGACAGCCUCAAUCAGAUGGUGGUUUUACAGUUGGAUAGAGUAACCCCCAAAAACUCGAUUGGAGACUUGGUAAACUCUGACAGGGAAGGUACACCAUCCUCCACAGGAAGUGAAAGAGCAGAAGUAAUGACAGAUACAGAGGAUGGUUGGUCUGAAGAAACCAGAGGAAAAAAGAAGGGCAAUAGGAUCAAAGAAACAUUUUCUACAUUCGUCAAUAAGUUAAAGUCAAAGAAGGCCAAAAGGAAAAAGCUCAAAAAUAAAGAGCAAGAGCUUUUACAGAGGGCUUUAUCAGCACGUAGAUCUGCUGUGAUUGAGAAUGAUGACGCAAGCACCAGAGAGGGCUCCAUCAGAAGCUGCAUGGACUCUGAUAAUGACAGUGAUGUGGAUGUUUUCCUAACAAGUCUCCAAGAGGACAUGAUGGAGUUUAAGCUUUCCUACGAGAUGUGGCGGGUGGGAAUGUGGGCAGUCCGUGUUACUAAUGUUGAAAAGGAAAAGAAGGAAUUGUGUUUCACCAUUCACCUGGAGGAGAGAGAUAAUCCGGAGAAUCUCCACUGGGAUGUGAAAAAGACCCAGUCAGAUAUACUUCAUUUUCAUAGUCUCUGGCAGGUGAGAGAAGGAAUGGAUACAUCAACUUUACCCUCUGUAUCUGCAGUAGUAGAGAAAACAAAGAGGGAACUUGAUGAAACAUACACAGAGGAAGUUAGAUCAGCCUUGGAACACUUGUUACAAGAACUGAUUUCUGAUACACAGCUUGGUCAUACUCGGCCUGUAUUCCAGUUCCUCUGCCCUCUUGAAAAGUUACUGAGUGAAGAGGAAGAUGAGGGAGGUGUGUGGGGACUUCUCAGUGGACUAGCAUGCUUCCUCACUCCUGAACACGAUGAGGAAGAGACUCAUAACCCCAAAGUGGAGGAAAAGGUUUAUGAAGCAGGAUCAACAGUACAUCACGGUGCACAGCCAGCCUGCUUUGACAUGGUUGAAGAACCAGAUUCUGGCAUUGUAGAUGAGCCAAUGUCCACAAACUUUAGGUUUUCUACACCCAAUGGAGAGACUGACCCCUUCAGAAGUGAAGAUCCUGAUAUGGAAGACAACAAUCAAAUCUUUAAUGAAGCUAAAGAGGUUUCAGAUGGACUGGAGAGUAUAGCUGAGAGUUUGGACAUUUUUGUUAACAGGUCAAAAAUACUAACUCCUACAAUACAAUCAAAUGAUGGCUCGAGCUCUGUCAUGAGCCAUAAUGAAGUCUUACAACUUGCUUACAAAGCUGACAGAGUUAAAAGCCUCCAGUCUGGUGGCAAAACAAACAAAAAGGAAAAGUUAACUAAAAAAAAGUCAAGUGGAUCACAGAAGCUGAUCUUCAAGGGAAAAGAGAAAAUGGGUCAACUGAAAGAAGACCCAACAAAUCAGCCACAGGUACAGGAAAAGGAAUCCAGCCAGACCAACUGGGAACAAAUUGAAGCCACCAAAGCCAUAUUUGAUUUAUUGAAGGAAAUAACUGGCAACUCGGUCUUCAUUAAUAUUGUUGAUGCUGUACUAAAACCUGUCAUGCCUUUGGUGAAGAAGAAAAUAAACAACUUUUUGAAAAGUAUGAAUCCCACUGAAGCUCAGAUCGCAUCCUACAUUGAUAUUCUCAGGGAGAAGAUGUGGCCAAUUGGAGACGUACCCCUUCAGCCACCACGUGACAGUGAGGAGAAACAUGAGACCAAAGAAAGGGCUUUGCAGCUCAUAAAUUCUAAAUAUUCAAAUUCAUUAAUCCUUAAGAAGACUGAUGUGGAAACUGUUUUUAAAAUCUUCCAGGACACAGAGGAGAACAAGAAACUGGUUUAUAUGCUGCUAUCAUAUGUCUUAAGGGAGUUUCUGCCUGGAGAGCCUGCCUUCACUACAAUAGAUAAUCUAACUGAGAAUGAUUUUGUUUCAUAAUAGGAACAAGAUCCUUUAUCAUUUGUUUUAAAAAAAAUUAUGUGAAUUAUUUAAUAUUCUUUUAUGAAUAAUCUUCAAAGAUGCAUCCUGAUAUACCUCAGACACGUCAGGCUUACAGUGCCCUGAGAAGCACAGAAACGCAAAUGUUUAUUGAUAUUUUACUGAAAUUGCUAACCCUUGUUACUUCAGCAUUUAUUGUUCCAUGGCAACAACAUGCCACAAUAACUCUGGUUUGAUUUUAAUCUCAUCUUUGGAAAAAUUAUCAUGUAUGUGUAAUUUUACUUUUUGUUGUUCACUGUGCAGCACAGAACAUGUUUAUUAUUACUCUGGAUCAAGUGGAAAAAAUCAUCAUGAUAUUGACUAUGACUAUUAUCUAAGACUUAAUGAUAAAUAGAUGGACUAAAUGGAAUUUGUUAGAGGAAUAACAUUGCUAAUAAAUAUAUUUGACUAGUAA